UCAUUAUGUCAAUUUUGAUAUGUAAAAUAAUGUCAAUGUGAUAUGAAGAUAGUUAUAUUCAUAUGUGUGUUGAUACACACUCUCUACGCCGCAGCAAUAUCAUCAAAGUCCUAUGAGUGGAAUAAGCAGUUGCAGUACCAUAAACCAUAUAUAUACGCAAAGGAGUGCAGUGUAGCAUACAGGCAAACAACCUACGGACGAAGACAAUCUCUAUCAACAGUGGUAUCGCCCUUGUCACAACCAAGUUCUCUAGAAAAGACAACCUCACCGAACAUAGAAUUACAUCGCACUUUUCUGAACAUCUGGAAGAACUAUAGCGCUAGUAUUUUAUUAAGCGCUGUAUACAGCAUUAGAAUCUUCAGGUUUCUGCUGUACAUUAGGAACCUUUUGGAGUGGUUACCUCAGGCUAAUCCGUAUAUAUUCCCCUUUGAUGCUAUUUAUCAAGCUACCAACGCAUAUAUCAAGCCGUUUCAAAGCAUGAUACCCGUCUUGUACGGGGUGGAUAUCAGUACGGUUAUCGCUUUCUUCAUCUUAGAACGUUUGGAGUACCUGUUGUCCCAUAAACCGGGUGUAGCCCAAGCGGCGUUAUGAACAUAAAAUAUAAGGUAACUGGAAAUC